AUGGCCUCCUCAGACGAUGAAGGGAACUUCUCGGAAGCUAAUUCUUCGGGACUUUGCUGUAUUCAUUGUAGCGGGGAUGAGGUGAAGUGGAAAUGUGAUGACUGUUUUCUAGAAUUCUGCGACAAGUGCAAACGUAUGCACCUGAUAACAGACGAGGAAACCCGAAAUCAUCAUUUACAUCGAUACGGAAGUAAACGUUCAUCCGGUGCCAGACUUCCGGAUGUGAUCCACCACUCCACUCAAUCAGUGAAUGAAGUUCAGCGACCCAGAGUUAAAUUCAAACCUAUAAUUAAGUCGAAUGUUAUAGAAUUCAAGCCCAAGACGACAAUGGUUGAAAACAGCACUGUUCAACAUAUAAGGAUUGUUCCGAGAGGAAACGGCGAGGCGUGGGUAAAAUGCGGGGCCAUCUCGGAGGAACUGGUGCUACACGAUAAGGACGGGGACUGUGUGAAGAGGGUAAAAGUGGACGGAGUCAUCCAUGACUUUGCGAUCACUACAAAUAAGGAGAUAAUCUUCACUAAGAUACAAAGUAAAACUAUAUGGCUGUAUACAAAAAGAGGUGAGAUCAAACCGGUGCUUCAGCUGGAAUUUCUUCCAAGCUGUUUAUACCUGACGAAAGAGAAUGACCUCCUAAUAUGUGCUGCAUCCACGCUGCAAAGCCACGGCAGUCCAAUACUGAAACUCUCCAGAACCUCGCAGAAAUCCAUUGUUCCGAUUGACCAAAGCGUUCACUUAGGCGACAUCUACAGCGUGGCCCAGUCCGCUAAUGGCACAAUAUGUCUGGUGGAGAAGGGGGGAUGGGGACCAGGAAGAGUUAUCGGCAUUGACCAAGAUGGCCGACAAGUGUUCGAGUACAAAGGCCGAUCUGGUUCUUUCAAUCCCUCCGGAAUCACUUGUGACGAUUUUGGGGUCAUUUACAUUAGUGAUUGUAGUUGUCAUAACGUGCAUGUUAUAAAUGAGACCGGGCAACUUCAAUCAUUUCUACUUCCGGUUGACACGAUACAGCUUCCGGAGGCUAUUGAUGUUAGCGAAGAUGGUAUACUCUGGCUAGGAAAUGGAAAUGGAGAAAUCAAAGUUUAUGAAUUAAAAAACGAACUGCUCGAUGACUGA